CAUUGAGCCUGCUGCUCCAGCACGAAUGAUGCUGAUGCUGCGCCCACGCUCAAAUGUCUCUACUGCGCAGUCGCCGAUGCAACGAACGCAGUAAGAGAAAGGAGACGCAAUAAUGGCCCUUGAUAAUUUAAUCUUCGCCCAAUGCAUCCUCUAUUUUUUGGCGUUUGUGUUUGGUUUUAUUGCCGUAGUGCCUCUCUCUGAAAACACGGAGGAUUUUCAUGGAAAAUGCUUGCUUUUCACGCGUGGUAUGUGGCAGAAUGAGAACAUCACAGUCUCAAAGCAGCGCUUUAUCGUUGAGGAGUGGGGACCGGAGUCUUCCUGCAGUUUCAUCACUUUUGUCGGGAUAGCAUCUCUCAUCCUGUCCGCAGUGCAGUCAUGGAGACUGCUGUUGUUUCUUUUCAAAGGCCACGACGAUUCCCUGUUCAAUGCCUUCCUGAAUCUGUUGAUCAGCUCCUUGAUGGUGUUCACAGUGUUCCUCUCCAGCACCAUCAUUAGUGUGGGCUUCAACUUGUGGUGUGACGCCAUCACAGAGGGCGGGGGCAUGCCCAGCAGCUGUGAGGACAUGCAGGACACCGAUCUGGAGUUAGGAUUGGACAACUCCUCGUUCUAUGACCAGUUUGCCAUUGCCCAGUUUGGUCUGUGGGCAGCGUGGCUGACGUGGCUGGGCAUCACGGUCAUGGCUUUCCUCAAGGUCUACCACAACUACCGCCAGGAGGACCUUCUGGACAGUCUGAUCCACGAGAAGGAGCUGCUGCUGGGACACUCGUCCCACCGGGGCUCCGAUGCCAACCAGUUGAAGAGUGGCAUGAUCUAACACCCAGAGGGCACGUGCACAUUACUGACACAUAUCCUCCUAUCCUACCCCAACUGCCAGCCCCUGUCAAUCUACACUGAGUGUACAAAAGAUUAGGAACACCUUCCUAAUAUUGAGUUUCACCCCUUUUUGCCCUCAGACAGCCUCAAUUCGUCGGGCCAUGGACUCUACAAGGUGUCGAAAGUGU